ACUGAAUUUGAUAAACGCGCAUAUAUUGCAAAUAAUAAAAAAAUUGAAAAACUUAAGGAUAGCAUAUAUGAAAAAAUAAAUGGUCUUGAAAAAAGUAUAAGUGAGCUUCGACGAGAAUAUGAAGAACUUGCAAAACUUAAUCGAGAAGUAUGA